UGGAAAUAUAUUCACAAUCAACAUCAGAAGACAAACAACAUUUUAUGCAAACAAGAUCUUCACGUGAUCCAUCUGAAAUUUGUCAUAUCACCGAAUUGUAUGAUCCACAUAUUAAGAAUAUCAAAUUUAUAUUACCAAUGUAUUAUUUUCCUGAUGAGCAAUUUCAUACACCGUCCAUGUUGAAAUUUUUGAAAGAGUGCGGUUUAAGAUCGUACAUUCAGAUUGAUAAAUGUAAGCAGAUAAUGGAUUCGAUUCAAACACAAGUUAAAGAACAUGGUUGGACGCCUGAACAGAGAAAGCGUUCGAAAUAUUUAUAUGAACAUCUCUUAGAUAACUGGCAACGAUAUGAUAAUUCAAUAUUGGAUAUUAAAUUUUUAGAACCGUAUCGAAUGAUCUACGAAAAUGACGAUCUCUUACAAUUACACGAACAAUAUACGGUCUCGGAUGAUGUGAAUCAGUUAAAAUACACGUGUAUCAAAUUAUCCGAUGGUGAGCUCCUUCAAUAUUCGAAAUUAUGUUGGACAUCUUCGUACUUAUUACCAGAAUUUGUUCGUCUCGAACAAUAUUCUGAUGAUACCGACCAAACACAGCAAAUAGAUCAAAAUUGUUUAGACUUUUUCAAAUUAAACAAAAAGCCGUCUUACGCACUUGUUAAAACAAAUCUAACAAAUUUAUGUGAAAAAUUUUCAUUAAAGUAUAACAAUCAUACACAACAAAAACAAAAAGAAAGAAGCAAUCUAAAAUCUGGCUCAUCCGCAUCACAACAUAUCAUUGACGAUAUUCUUAUACCCGUUUUGAAAGUGAUUUAUUCGUAUUUUCAAACAGAAAUUAAACCUGAACGGCGAACAGAGAUCUAUAAAGAAUUAACAAAUAAAGAAUGUGUUUAUUCUAGAACACGUCGACAAUUUUUAUAUGGAAAAUAUUUUUGUAUAAAUUUACCUAUUCAAGAUGAAAUACCACCAUUCUUGUUCUCGUUACCCGAGGAAUUUGUAGAAUAUAAAAGUUUCUUUCAACAAAUUGGUGCACAGCAAGAACCUCAUCCCAUGUUAUACGGUGAUAUUUUGCGGAAACUAUCAAAAGUAUGUGAUACAGAUUAUCUGAAUUCAAACGAAUUAUGUAAAUCACUAAAAGCUAUGGAAUGUUUUUUCAAAUAUUUGUCAACAAAUUCAACGAUAACAGCACAAUACAAGUUACCAGGUUUAUAUUUGGUAUCAAAUGAUUUUAAAUUAAUAAAAUCGAUCGAUAUUGUCAUUAUGGACGAUAAAACAAAACUUGACUAUAUGACAAAAUUAGUGCACGAUAAAUUUAUGUUUAAUCCAAACGAACGUGUCUUAAAAUUAGAUCAAACACCGUCAAGUUCAUCAACAUCAAAAUCUCAAACAUCGACAGCACUUAAAGAUAUCAUUGAUAAAAUAUUUGUUAGUCAACGACCCAUAUUAUUUACACAAAAAUAUGAAGAGUCAUUUUCGAUUACGAUACCGGAAGAUGAAGAAUCACAUCGACAACGAUUCUUAUUCAAUUUAGAACGUAAAUACAAUCAGUUAUUAGCGUCUCGUCAUUUACAUCGCUGUAUGGCACGUGUCAUUGCUAACCAUGUAGCUCGUCAGACAAAUCCGAAAAUAAUAUCAUUGGACGAUGUUGAAAAUCUUAUUCGACAACGGUUAACGUACGUGAAAGUUACAUGCGUUGAAUAUUUAGAAACAAAUUUAAUUUAUAAAAAAACACAACAAAAAGUUGAUCAAUCGGUUGAUGAAAAAGCUGUUUAUCUCGUUGCUGAAGGUGAAGAAAAUAUUGUGUUGUACAUAUCGAUGAAACAUACUGAACAACCGUAUUUUACAUUAUGUUUGGCUCGAGCAUUAAGUCCAUGUUUGGGUUUAUCCGAAUUACAAUUGGACAAUAGUGUAAUGGCAGCACUGCUGGCAACAACAAUUGGACAAAUGUCAAAGUUGUUAAAUUUGGUCAAUGUAGCAACAGAUGAAAAUAUUUUAUCGAUUUUGAAAAUGCAGUAUAUUCCUUCGCCCGGAAAUGUUUACGGUGAUGAUAUUGAAGCGUUACAAGUAUUUAGUAUCGAUCAACAUCAGAUAUUACCAGGUGAUUUAUGCGUCUAUAAAUUAAAUGACUUGUACAUUUAUUGUGAAGUAGAACGUAUCAUUAAAGAACAUUCAUCUAGCUCUAAAAAGUCAUCUUCUGGAAAAGACGAUAAUGAUGAGUGGUCAUGGAAAAAGAGCGGUGCUCAUUUACCCUCGUACACAUUCAUAUGUAAAAUAAAUGAAAACAACGAGACACAACGCAUUGAACAAGAUCAGUUUUAUGUGUUGGAGCAUUGGUCGAGAAUAUUUGAUGCCGUUUCGUCAGUACCACCAGAUGAACGUGAAUCAUCUAAAUUUUCAACAGAUAGUAAAACCAGUCGAGAGUCAUCAGCAUCAGGUGCAUCUAAACAUGAUCGUGAUGCGGCCGGUGGUGAUGGAACUCAUAACACUCAUAAUUUUCACUUUUCUUCUUCUAAUCAUAACUCUUCUUCCGCUAAUCAUCGUUCAUCACGUCAUCAUCGUGGAAAAGGCGAUAGUAAAACAGAUUCAGGACCAGCAGGAACUAAUGGUCAUUCGUCCUACACACGUACAGAUAGUGAUUCAUCAAAUGGAACAGGAUACGAGUCUCCAUCUGAAUCCGAAUCAUCUUCAAACACUGCUCAACAGCAAGAUUUGAUCGAUAAAAAAGAAUUGGAAGAUACAAAAUCUGAAAUAUACAUGGCCGUACGAAAUGCCUAUCAGCAAACUGGCCCAGAACGAAAGAAAACAGUGAAAAAAUUGUUGUUAAAAUGGCAUCCAGACAAAAAUCGGGGACGUGAACGUUUUGCAGCAGAAGUCUUCAAACAUUUGAGAAAACAGAUUGAUCAUUUUGAAAACGAUCCAUUAACUUCUGAUCCGAAAUUUUCUUGGAAUAAAACUCAUAAAACAGAAUCGUCAACUGGUGCAGGUGAUUCAGCCACAGCAGACUCUGGUGCAAAACCCUCUUCAUCGUCGACAUCAGGGGGGACUAGUGGUGACUAUUUCAGAUAUGGAAGUUUUGAAAAUGAUGAUGUCAAACGUUCGUAUCAAGAUAUUCCACGCGCACAAACAACAUCAGAAACAACAACUGAUUCAGACACACAAGCAAAUGGUGGUGGAGCAUUUUCAGAUGGUACCGGAAAAACGCGUUUUUCACCACAUCGUUCAUCAUCGUUUCGUACUGCCAGAGAAGAAUGGGCUUACAGACGACAACAUGGAUUUCAACGAAGACAUGGCUUCUUUUCUGGAACAGAAGAGCAAACAACUAACGGUAGUAGUGGCACGACAAAUGGUGCACAAUCCGGCACACAAGGAAGUAUGUAG